AUGACGACUGCAGAUACCAAGGAUGUUGCAAAAACAGUAGGGGAGGUGAUGAGGAUACCAGAUAAAGGAGCUGAUAUUGUCAGAAUAACCGUCCAGGGUAGGAAGGAAGCUGAUGCCUGCUUUGAGAUCAAGAACACUCUGGUUCAGAAGAAUUACAACAUUCCACUAGUGGCCAAUAUUCAUUUUGCUCCUACAGUAGCUCUUAGGGUGGCAGAAUGCUUUGACAAAAUUCGUGUGAACCCAGGAAAUUUUGCUGAUCGUCGUGCUCAAUUCGAAAAGCUGGAAUAUACUGACGAUGACUACAAAAAAGAGCUUGAGCAUAUUGAGAAGGUGUUUUCUCCAUUAGUUGAGAAAUGCAAGCAGUAUGCAAGAGCAAUGCGUAUAGGAACAAAUCAUGGUAGUCUUUCUGACCGCAUAAUGAUCUACUAUGGUGAUUCUCCACGGGGAAUGGUUGAGUCUGCUUUGGAAUUUGCUAGGAUAUGUCGGAAGUUGGACUUCCACAACUUUGUAUUUUUGAUGAAAGCUAGUAACCCUGUUGUCAUGGUCCAAGCAUAUCACCUGCUUGUGGCAGAAAUGUAUAACCUAGGAUGGGAUUAUCCCUUGCAAUUUGCUGUUACAGAAGCUGGAGAGGGUGAAGAUGGAAGGAUGAAGUCUGCUAUUGGCAUUGGGACACUGCUAAUGGUAGGGAGCAUUACUAGUGCUGAUAAGAACAAGAAGGAUUUUGUUAUCAGCAUUACAGUGACGGAAGCUGAGGUGGGCAGCAGCAGAACUCCACUCGUUUUGCAAGGUUGUCAUCGAGUACCAUAG